UCAAAACUCCUCUUAAACAAGCUCUGGUUCUGUUUUGUUGGCAAAGUGACAUCCUUAAACAAGCUCCUCUGUUUCUGUCAAAGGCAAAAGCAAGAGCUUUCUUUGUUUCUUUGUUGAAUUUUGAGGAAGAGAAUUGGGUUUAAUCUUCAGUAAUAGUUUUUUUGAUAUGGGUUUGCCUCAAACUCCAGCCCCUCCUCAUCUUUAUCCUCAAGCACUGCAGCUGAAGCUUUAUCAGGCCUUCAUAUUCUCCAUUCCAAUCCUCUUCUCCAUUAUUCUUUUUCUUCUUUUCUACUUGUUCUACCUCAAGAGAAGGGCUUCCUCUCUCUCUUUUUCUUCUUCUUCUUCCCCACCAAUUCUUCCAACUUCUUCCAAUGCGCUCACUCUCUAUGUUACCACUGCUUGUCAAGUGGACUCGAAGGCAGAUAAUCCAAUUGAAAAACUUCCCAAGAUCCUAUUCAAUGAAGAGCUGAGGGCCAGAGAUUCUCUGUGCUGCGUCUGCCUGGGAGAAUUUGAGAUAAAAGAGGAAUUGUUGCAAGUCCCAUCAUGCAAACAUGUGUUUCAUAUUGACUGCAUGAACCACUGGCUCACCACCAACUCAACUUGUCCCCUCUGUAGAUGCUCAGUUAUCCCACCAAUCAGAUGUCCCGAUCCGCCUGUGGCAGCACCGUCACCGACUCUGCCACUGCCAUCGGAGCUUCCCCUGACUUCCAACCAGACUGCAGAGAUGGUAUCAUAUUCACUCCGCCAUCCGCAGCUGCAACAACAGGAAGGAUCAAGUCAGAGUAUAUGCUGAAGGCGUUGAUCCAACCUGCGUUGGAAAAAUAAGUUCAUAUUCAUAUACAUAUAUGUAUAUAUAUUAACAAGCUUUUUGCAAUCUCCCAUUGCAAUUAACAGCUAGCCAGGCAUUGAGAUCAUCAGACAGUCAAGAUAUUCCUGUUAAAGCUCAGAAUGUAAGAAGCUACUACUCGAAAAUUGCCAACUAAAACAUUUUCCUGGCUCA